UACGUUUGGUCCUCCCGAUACUUAUACAGUAUAGAACUUGGUUGCUUACUGCUUGGCAAACCAGUAUUAUUACUAAGCUCCACUAUGCCACUCCCUUUUUACAAUAUUUCUAUUGUUAGAGUACUAUGUGCUAUCCUUGUUUUCACCAACAUGGUUGACAUAGAAUUACAUUCCAUGAUCUUGAGUGCCGCAGCUUCUGAAUCACUGCCACUUGAACUAGAAGCAAAGGCCUUGCUUCAAUCAGGGUGGUGGAGUAGCUAUGGUGCAAAUAUUACCAACACCACAAGCCACUGUUUCCAUUGGCCUGGUAUUAUUUGCAACCAUCAUGGAAGCAUUACACAAAUUUCUCUACACGGCGAGUUCUUAUUGGGAAAGAGCCUGGAGGAAUUCAACUUCACUUCAUUUCCAAAUCUAGUCCAUCUGGAUCUUGGCAGUGCAAGACUCAUCGGGAGAAUCCCACCCGAGAUAAGUACACUUUCGAAGCUCGUCCACCUAAACCUCUCAGAUAAUUGUCUCUCGAGCGAGUUACCUUCUUCAAUAGGUAGCCUUUCUAAUUUGGUGAUGCUUGAUGUUUCUGUCAACGGAAUUAGCGGUUAUAUUCCUGGAGAAUUGGGAGGCUUGAAGAGUCUUGUUGCAUUAAACUUGAGCGCCAACCAUUUGUAUGGUACAAUUCCUCUGGCGCUUGGUUUUUUGACCAACCUUGGUCAUAUGAAUAUUUCUCAAAAUUAUAUCCAAGGUGAGUUACCUCUUUCUUUGACAAACCUUUCCAAUUUAAUGAUGCUUGAUGCUUCGAAUAAUGAAAUUAGUGGUUCAGUCCCUCCAGAAAUAGGGAAGCUAGUAAACCUACAUGGUUUACACUUAAGUGGCAACAUGCUUAGUGGACCACUCCCUUCAACUUUGGGUCAUUUAGCCAAUUUGACCAACCUUUUUGUCGAUGGAAACUAUAUUAAUGGAUCCACCCCUCGAGAAAUAGGUCACUUAGCCAACCUGCAAAAUUUAGUUCUUGAACAAAAUCAAUUAACGGGUGCCAUUCCCUCAGAAAUAGGGAAUUUGAAGAAGCUGACACAUAUGGCCCUAAAUUCCAACAAUCUCAGCGGCAAAAUUCCUUUGGAUAUAGAAAACCUGAAGGAGUUGACAUAUCUGGACCUUAGUAGUAACCAUCUUAGUGGUAAUAUACCCUCAGGAAUAGGGAAUAUGAAGAAUUUGACUAGUCUGGAUCUUAGUUGUAACUAUCUCCGUGGCAACAUCCCCCCUUGUCUCGCAUCAUCCCCGCAACUAAGAAUCGACUUGUCAUACAAUUUCUUACAAGGUCGGAUACCAUAUGAGUUUAGCUCUCACUUUAAGAAUGUGUCAUUCUUUGGCAAUGAGGAUUUAUGUGGUGAAACCAUAUUCAAAGGUGUCCAUAGAUGCUCUAAUAAAGGAGACGUCCACAAAAUCAUUAUGAUCAUCUUUUCCAUGUUAGUUUUCAUUGUGUGGUCAUUCCUUUUUGUACUUAUGUGGAGCUACAGACAUGGAUAUAAAAAUGAAAAGAGCCCUCCUGGUGAUGAGACAGCUAGGAAUGGAGAUAUAUUCUCGAUAUGGAAUUAUGAUGGGAAAAUUGCAUACGAAGACAUCAUACGUGCAACAGAGGACUUUGACAUCAAAUAUUGCAUUGGAACUGGCAGUUAUGGAAGUGUUUACAAAGCACAGUUACCCAACGGCAAAGUAGUUGCACUAAAGAAACUUCAUGGUUCAGAGGCUGAAGAACCAUCUUCGUGGAAGAGCUUCAUGAGUGAGGUAAAAACUUUAACGGAAAUAAGGCAUAGAAAUAUUGUAAAACUUUAUGGGUUCUGUCUAAACAAGAAAUGCAUGUUUUUGAUUUAUGAGUACAUGGAAAGAGGUAGCUUGUUUUGUAUACUAAGCAACGAUAUGGAGGCUGUGGAAUUGGAUUGGAAAAAGAGGGUGACCAUUAUUAAAGACAUAGCGCAUGCCUUGUGUUACAUGCAUCAUGAAUGCAGUCCACCAAUUGUUCAUCGUGAUGUAAGCACCAACAACAUUCUACUAAACUCGGCACUUGAAGCUGUUGUUUCUGACUUUGGUACAUCUAGACUCCUCCAUUCUGAUACUUCCAACCAAACCAUGCUUGCUGGUACUUAUGGUUAUAUUUCUCCUGAACUUGCUUACACCAUGGUCGUAACUGAAAAAUGCGAUGUUUAUAGUUUUGGAGUUGUGGCGCUUGAAACAUUAAGGGGUAAACAUCCAAGAGAAUUGUUGUUGGCAUUAUCAUCAUCAUCAUCGUCCUCAUCAUCACCAUCAUCUUCAUCUGAAAAUAUAAUGCUGUCUCAAGUGCUAGAUCAACGCCUAUCUCCACCAACAAGUCGAAAGGUUGUGCAGGAUGUUUAUCUUAUUGUCAAACUUGUUUUGAUGUGCUUGCAUGAUCAUCCAAGGCAUCGUCCAACAAUGAAACAAGUAUCUCAACAGAUCCUUGCUGGUGGAGCGCCAAUAUUUCCUAAGACGUUUCCCACCUUUCCUGAUAUUUCGCUCGGGGACCUCAUGAAUUUGCAAGUGUAA